GUUUCUUUUUUGGCCAAAAAAAAAAGUCUGACAUUACUUUCCACCUAAGAGUCAUCGCGCGAGUGCUUCUCCGCUUCCCCAAAACCCUAAACCCUCCAAGCCCUCACCAACGCAACUUCUUCAACUCUUCCUUUCACUCUUUUCAAUGCAAAAUUCCUGAGGAGUGUGAAUGAUCUGAUUCUAGCGAGAUGGUGAACCUGGCCUUGUUACUGCUGAGUUGUGCGGUGGCGGUGGCGGUGGCGGUGACGGUGGCGGCGCCGUCUCACGCUGCUUCUGGCCCUCACAUUGCCGACGUUAACUUACUCUUGCCGCCGAAAAUGACGUUCCCUGUCGAUUACAGGCUUCAAGGAAGUGACGGCUGCUUCCAAUGGUCAUGGGAUCAUCAUGAUAUUCUGUCUGUUGUGCCUGAGUAUAAUUCAAGCAGCAAGUGCUCGACUAGUGCAAGGCUGCAGUCCAUUGCCCCUUAUAGUGGUCGGAAGGAAACUGCUGUUUAUGCUGCGGAUUUACAAACUGGGAUUGUGAUUCGUUGCAAAGUCUUCAUUGACAACAUAUCAAGAAUACAAAUAUUUCAUAAUUCAAUUAAGCUUGAUUUAGAGGGGCUUUCCACGCUGCGUGUCCGUGCCUUUGAUAGUGAAGAAAAUGUAUUUUCCUCAUUAGUUGGCUUACAGUUUAUGUGGAACCUUAUGCCUGAAGCCAAUGGAUUACCUCAUCACCUUGUUAAUGUUCCACUAAAGGAUUCUCCCCUUAGUGAUUGUGGAGGACUAUGUGGUGACUUAGAUAUACAAAUAAAACUUGAAGACAGUGGUGUAUUUUCAGAUCUGUUUGUAGUAAAAGGAGUUGAGAUUGGUCAUGAGAUUGUGUCAGUGAAUUUGCUUGAGCCACAGUUAAAGACUUUGGCUGAUGAGAUCGUUCUUACUGUUGCUGAAGCUAUGUCACUUGAUCCUCCCUCACCAGUUUUUGUCCUCGUUGGUGCAGUCAUUCCCUACACCCUUAAAGUCAUCCGGGGAAAUGUUCCUCAAGUGGUCACCUUACCCUCACCACAUCACCAAUGGUCUGUCUCAAAUGUGUCGGUUGCUCAGGUUGACUCAAAAACGGGGUUAGCAUAUGCAUGGAACUUGGGGAUGACUGCUGUUAUCGUUGAAGAUACUAGGAUUGCUGGCCAUGUACAAGUGUCUUCACUAAAUGUGGUCCUACCAAGUUCUUUAUAUUUAUAUAUAUCACCCUUAUCUAGUUCUGGUGAUCCAGUGGAAGGAAUCAAAUCUAUUCCUCUAAUGACCCGUUGGUAUGUUGUAUCUGGCCAUCAAUAUCUUAUCCAGAUAAAGGUUUUUGCACAUGAUCAUGAUGCACAAGAGAUUUAUAUUACAGAGAAUGACGAUGUUAUGGUUUAUGAUAAUGCCUCUGAUCACUUGAGAACAUUUGGGGUUUCAAAUGAUAUUGCUGUAAAACAUGGCUGGCGGAAUUCUAAAAUCUUGAAGGCUUAUUCACCAGGACUUGGAAAAUUGACAGCUUCUCUGAGCUAUCCUAGUGGGGCUGAUGACAAGAAGGAGAUUAUCAAAGCUAUGCAAGAAGUCAUGGUUUGUGAUAAAGUGAAGUUCACCUUAGGCAAUGAAAGUGAAAUCAUCUUACUGCCCUGGUCUCCAGGUGUUUAUCAGGAGGCGGAGUUAAAGGCUGUAGGAGGUUGUGCGAAAUCAGUGAGUGACUACAAAUGGCUGUCUUCAGACACAUCUACUGUAUCUGUAUCAGAUUUUGGUAUUGUCCAGGCAAAAAAACCUGGUAAAGCUACUAUCAAAGUGUUAUCUGUAUAUGAUUCUCUAAAUUAUGAUGAGGUCCUUGUUGAAGUCUCCACUCCAUCUUCUAUGGUUAUGCUUCACAAUUUUCCCGUAGAAACUGUUGUUGGAUCACAUCUUCAAGCUGCUGUGACAAUGAAAGCAGUGAAUGGUGCCUUUUUCUAUAGAUGCGAUGCUUUUAAUUCUUUGAUAAAGUGGAAAGCUGGAAGUGAGUCUUUUAUCAUUGUCAAUGCAACUCAGGAGUUGUUAUACUUGGAAACAGUGCCAAAUACCCAGCUCCAUCCAUCAGUUGGUGGCUCUCCCUGUUCAUGGACAUAUGUAUAUGCUUCUAAUGCUGGUCAAGCUGUGAUCCAUGCCAUAUUUUCUAAAGAAGAUCACCGCUACAGUCAUGGUCCUGUUGUAUUAAAAGCAUCUUUAUGUAUUGCCGCAUACCUACCCCUUGUUGUGCGUCAGGCAGGUGAUGGAAACCAAUUUGGUGGUUACUGGCUUGAUUUGGCUCAAGCAGAAAGUAACAAGCAGUCACAUAGCUUAGAGGAGUUAUAUCUUGUCCCUGGCACAAGUUUAGACAUAUUACUUGUUGGUGGACCUGAAAGGUGGGAUAAAGGUGUUGAAUUCAUUGAAACUGUAGAAGUUUUGAAUGAAGGGAAUGCUCUGGCUGAAGAUGGAGUUCUUGUGCAUCGAGUGUCUGGAAGCUAUAGGAAUUUGUAUGGAGUUUUAUGUCAAACACUGGGAACAUUUAAACUUCUUUUUAAACGUGGAAAUUUGGUUGGGGAUGACCAUCCUCUGCCUUCAUUAGCUGAAUUUUGGCUUUCAGUGACAUGUAGCAUUCCUUCUUCUAUUGUCCUUAUAGCUGAUGAACCAGUGAAUGAACGCAGAAUUAUUAAAGCAGCAGUUCAAGCUGAACGUCGUUCAGGGAGACUUCGUGAUACCCCUGUUAUUGUGGCAAAUGGGCGCUCUAUUCGUAUAUCUGCGGUUGGUAUCAGUGAUUCAGGAGAAGCUUAUGCAAAUUCAUCUUCUCUCAGUUUGAGGUGGGAACUUGGUGGUUCUGAGGGACUGGCAUAUUGGGAUUAUGCUUUUGAUAUGGUGAAGUCUAACAGUUGGGAGAGAUUUCUGGUCUUGCGGAAUGAAUCAGGAUUGUGCACUGUUCGUGCUACAGUUACUGACUUUGCAAGCUUGGGAGAUGAUACAUGUCAUCUGUUUACUAAAACUGAAAAUGUUCUGACAGAUGCAAUUCAUUUACAGCUUGUUUCUACCCUAAGAGUUGAUCCAGAGUUCAACUUGAUAUAUUUCAAUCCUAAUGCAAAGGUAAAUUUGUCAAUUAUUGGUGGGAGCUGUUUCUUGGAAGCUGUUACAAAUGAUUCUCAAGUUGUAGAAGUUAUUCAACCACCACUGGGAUUAGAAUGCCGACAACUGAUUUUAUCCCCUAAAGGAUUAGGGAUAGCUAAUCUAACGUUAUAUGACAUUGGUCUAUCUCCUCCUCAGAGAGCUUCUGCACUCGUUCAAGUUGCAGAUAUUGAGUGGAUCAAGAUAUUGUCGGGAGAAGAGAUUAGCCUGAUGGAAGGAAGCUUGCAAACUAUUGACUUAUUGGCUGGUACUAAUGGUGGAAGUAGUUUUCAUGCUUCUCAGUUUGUUUACAUGAAUCUUCAUGUACUUGUUGAGGAUAGUAUAAUUGAGCUGGUGGAUACGGAUGAUUUCUCGAGUCUUGUUGGUGGAUAUGUUAGUGCACCAAGUUUUAGAAUAAAGGGGAGAAAUCUUGGAAUUACAACCCUUUAUGUUAGGGCUGUACAACAUUUGGGACAUGAAAUUCAAAGUCAAGCUAUUAAGGUGGAAGUUUACGCAGCCCCAAGAAUACAUCCUCAUGAUAUUUUCCUACUACCUGGUGCAUCAUAUGUGCUUACCAUGGAAGGAGGCCCAACUCUUGGUGUUCAUGUUGAGUAUGAAAUUGAAAAUGAUAAAAUUGCAAGUAUUGAUAGAUAUUCUGGACGACUCUCAGCAAGUUCUAUUGGGAACACUACAAUUAUUGCUAGCGUCUUUGUAAAUGGUAAUACUGUGAUUUGUGAAGCACGGAGUAUUUUAAGGGUUGGAGUUCCGUCUACAGUCACAUUAUAUGCACAGAGUGAACAACUUGGGGUUGGCCUCAAAUUGCCAAUUUAUCCGUUAUUUCCUGAGGGAACUUUGUUUUCUUUCUAUGAGCUAUGUAAAAAUUACCAGUGGACUAUUGAAGAUGAAAAGGUAUUGAGCUUCAAGGUGGCAGAUACAUUGCAUGGGGAAAGUAUCAAUACUGCUUCAGCCGGAAGUCAAGUUAAUGAUUAUUUUGAUGAGAAUGAUAUUGGUUUUAUUAACGUCUUGUAUGGAAGAUCUGCUGGCAAGACCAAUGUUGCUGUGUCUUUCUCGUGUGAACUUUCAACUUCUGGGUCAAGGACACAAUCAAGGUUUUACAAUUCUUCUUUAUCAGUAACAGUGAUUCCUGAUCUUCCGCUGGCUUUGGGAGUCCCCAUCACCUGGAUUCUUCCUCCAUAUUAUACAAUGACAAGUCCUCUGCCAUCAUCAUCAUCAUCAGAAUCCUAUUCACAAUAUGAUAGUCGGAAUCGUAGAGGAACCAUCAGUUAUUCUUUAUUGAGAAGUUUGGAGAAAAAUGAAGCUCUGCAAAAAGAGGCCAUAUUCAUUGAUGGGGAUAGAAUUAAAACAACCAAAAGUAAUAAUCUUGCUUGUAUUCAAGCUAAAGAUCGUACAACAGGAAGAACAGAGAUUGCUUCCUGUGUCAAGGUUGCUGAGGUGACUCAAAUUAGAAUAGCCAGUAAGGAGGCUCUGCUCAAUGUAAUUAACCUUGCUGUUGGUGCAGAACUUGAUCUUCCAACAAAAUUUUAUGAUGCUAUAGGAAAUCCUUUUCAUGAAGCAUACAAUGCAGUGCCUUUUUAUGCUGAAACUAACUACCCUGAUGUUCUCUUCUUAAACAAAACAGCUGAUGGAAAAGGGAAUGUCCAUAUCAAGGCAAUUCGGCACGGUAAAGCUCUUGUGCGUAUAACAAUUAGUGAAGGCCUGAAAAAAUCAGAUUACUUGCUGAUUAGAGUGGGUGCUCAUAUACAUCCUCAAAAUCCAGUUCUUCAUGUAGGAAGUCCUCUUAACCUAAGCGUUAAAGGUUUGAGUGAUACAGUUUCUGGACAGUGGUUUACCACAAAUGGAAGUAUAAUCUGGGUUGAUACAUUAUCUGGGAUGGCCAAAGCUAUUGGGGAAGGUUCAGCCCAAGUAUCUUUCCAUUACGGAAGAUCAAAACUGCAAACAACAAUUACAGUGUUGAAAGGAAAUUAUUUUUCCGUGGAAGCUCCAAAAGAGAUGUUAACUAAUGUUCCAUACCCCUCAAAAGGAUACAAUUUCUCCGUGAAAUUCAGUAAUUCCUACAGUGAAAUCCUUGGUGCACCGGGAGGAAACAAGAGAAUUUUAUUCAAUUGUAGAGUAGAUCCGCCAUAUGUGGGGUACGUGAAGCCAUGGCUGGAUCUGGACUCUGGCAACUCAUAUUGCUUAUUUUUCCCUUACUCUCCAGAGCAUUUGGUGCACUCAGUACAUAAGAUAGAAGGCAUGAGGCCCGAUGUAUCACUCACCAUUUCAGCUUCUCUUGAGGAACAGGAACAUGUUUCUGGAUCUGCUUCAGCACUUUUUAUUGGAGGAUUUUCUAUAAUGGAGAAUUCAAUGCAGCUGAAUCUGACACCAGGAUCUAACAAAACUUGCAUUACCAUCUUGGGAAAUACAGAUGUUGAAAUUCACUGGCAUCACCGAGAUUUGAUUAUGAUCAGUCUCAUCCAUAAAGAAGAUAUUGGCAUUCGAGGGUUUGCACAGUAUGAGGUCAAACUGCUGAAAGCGAAGAGGUUCAAAGACAGAAUCAUCAUCACACUCCCUGCUAAUGGCCAGAGUGCAGAAAUUGACAUCAACCAUGAACCUGAGGAAACAGCACCAUCCAGCUUAACCAUAAACAGAGCCUUCUGGGCUAGCAUCCUGGGGUGCUUUCUGCUGUUGAUUUUAUCAGUCGCCAUCUUCACACGUUUCUUGGACAGACCAGAGAGAUCUCAGCAAACAAGUUCUUCAGUUGCUACAACUACAAGCAUUGCAGCGCCUACAACUCCUGAUAGAAGCACCCCAUCUGUUGUAAAUGACAUGUCUCCCCGAACACCUCAACCAUUUGUAGACUAUGUGAGAAGAACCAUUGAUGAAACUCCAUAUUAUAAGCGAGAAGGGAGGAGAAGGAUUAAUCCACAGAACACAUAUUAGACUUGUGGCUUAUCACUGGAACAAUGAUUCAUACCUAUCACUGCUCUCACUUUCCAGGCUGACACGAACAAGGUCCUCACUUGCAAUAACUAAUGUAUGAUUUUCAAACUUACAAUUUGGUUAACUAUGUCUAGUUGUGUAAAUUUAGAAAUGUAUGCUAUCAUUCUUUCAUGAUCACGUUAAAUAUUUAUCUCCUCAUUAGGUUAGUGCAGUAGUUGCAUUACCAUUAGUGCAAUUUAAAUUGUGAUUUAACUUGUGAAAUCUGCUAAAGGUUGUUAAUUCCCAAAGUUUUAUCUAAAGGAUGCUGCUACAACAUUGUCUCGUG